UGACUGGCAAGAUUGUUGGACUUCAGUUUUGGGUAAACUUUAUUAGAUGAUUAACAAUUUGAAUUGAAGUUGGGGUUAGUGAUCAUCAUCACCAUGAAAAUUGAAAGAAAAACAAUUUCCCCUAAAAAAAGUUCCGACAAUCAAUCGGCCACGGAAGCAGCCAAUCGACGAUAUCGAACAGCCUUUACUCGGGAACAAUUAGCUCAACUGGAAAAGGAGUUCACCGCGGAACAGUACGUCUCAAGGCCUCGUCGAUGUGAACUGGCUUCAUCGUUAAACCUACCUGAGUCAACAAUCAAAGUUUGGUUUCAAAACAGACGGAUGAAAAACAAACGUCAAACAACGCAAAUUGUUUGGCCCUUUCCCAUGCACAGCCACCCUGAUCCUGCCCUGGCAGCCUAUUUCAGCCUAGCUGAGCAAGCUUUAUGGAGCAAGCUUUAUUUAGCAUCAUUCAGCUCAUAUCCUAGUCACUCUAUGAUGUCAGUUCGUUCAAAUGUCCAACCCAAUGGUCCAUUGAGUGUACCCAUUAGCGUUCCCUCGACCAACACGAUUCCAAGUUUUACCUCAACAUCAUUAUCAUCCUCAAUCUCACCCAAUACAACCAUUCCUUUUCAUUGAAACUCACUGUAACUAUACAAAUCUCAUUAAAACCAUCAUUUACUU